ACUGUUACUACUUGCACUCACGUUUCCGACCACAGCUGAAAUCUCAGUCAGCAUAGAAAUGUCGCAGAUCAGCAGAUACGGACCCAUAGUCGCCUUAAUUGGCGCUCUCUCCUACCAAUUCUUCCUCAAAGAUGUGAUAUGGGUGCUAUUCGGCGUUGGACGACACGUCCAGCCCAUAUCCGAUUUCCCGCAAUAUCAAUGUAGAAGAAUUCAUGAUCCAAGACUUCAGGCAUGCGAAGAUAUGUGGUUGUCCGAAGAGACGAGGCAGUUAUUCUUGGCUUGCUCGGAUUCUCUCAGUCGAAAAGAAUGGAUGCCGAACAUCGGUCGGUUCAAUGCCUCAGGAAGAGCUCUCAAUGAUGCUAUCAUCGCAAUGGAUAUUGACAAGCCGGAUGGCAAAAGUUUCGAAUACCGUGUACUUGCUACCCCAGGUUUCCCAGGCGUGGAUGGUGAUGGACGACUUCACCUCGUUGGCUUUACUGGUCGCGAGACGUCCAGCGGUAUCGAAUUACUCUUAGUCAACGCCCAGCCAGCCAUCGAUGCCACAACCAAACAACUCCAAGACACUCCAGACAUGACCAUCGAGGCCUUCCAGACAGACAAGAAGCAGACUUCGACCUCCCUCAAACACGUCCACACCUAUCGUCACUCCGCGAUAACCACACCGAAUAAUAUUGCCUUCUCCCAACAUAGCUCUGGCUUCUACUUCACCAACGAUCACGGCGAUGCCACCUCUGGCUUCCGGCACUCCAUAGCCCCAUACACCGGCAACGGCAACAUCGGCUACUGCGACCUCUCAACCAGUUCCUCAAACCCAACGUGCAAGAUCGUAUCCUCUGGCAGCUUCCACUUCCCAAACGGUCUCGCCACAUCCAAAACCUCCCCCAACACCCUUUUCGUCCCCUCUGCCUGGACCGAAGGCGGAAUCCACGUUUUCAAAGCCAAUGGCCCCAACCCUCUAGAAAAAGAUACCUUCAUUCCUAUCCCGUAUCCGCUCGAUAACCUCAGUCAAGACAAGAACGGGAAUAUCUGGGCUGCAGGAAUACCGAAAGCGCUGGAGACAUUAGGAGCAUUCGAAAAUCCAUUGAACUCAGUGGCCUCCACGACGGUGUUUAAGAUCUGGAAGGACGCUGGCAGUGACCCUGCAGCUGUCAAUGGCGGGUACCAGACACUGAAAGCACUAGAAGAUCGCGACAAGGAGGUAUUGCCUGGUGCCACGACGGUCAUCCACGAUGCCACGACAGGGAGACUAUUUCUCUCUGGAGUGACGAGUCCGUUCAUCACUGUCUGUGACAAGGUAUUGUAGACGGAGAGAAGAAGGAAGCAAGCGGCAGAAAAUUGAUGUUCCAAACUAGACAGUCUAUGCUGACGAGG